AAAAGUUAUGAGACUGGGAGGAAAGGGUGGUGGGAAGGAAGGUCCCUAAAUUGGUUCUUUAAAUGGAGAGAGUCCUGCGUGACAUCAAUGCAACUUCCAAAAACUUAUUUGAAUUUAGAGAGAUGUACGAGUACGAAAAUCGCUUAAAGACCUUCACACAGUGGCCUUUCAGGGAACACUGCAAAUGUACUCCUGAAAAUAUGGCCAAUGCUGGCUUCAUCCACUGUCCAAAUGUGAAUGAACCUGAUGUAGCAAAGUGUUUCUUUUGCUUGAUUGAGCUGGAAGGCUGGGAAUCAGAGCAUGAUCCCUGGCUGGAACACUCUAAGCGUAGUAAGGACUCUUGUGGGUUUUUGUCCCUUUCUAAGAGUUUUGAUGAUUUGACAGUGGAGGACUACCACCAACUCGAGAUGGAGCGAGUCAGGAUUUUCCUUUGCAAAACCGGUCGAAGUGUAAUACACGCCUUUGAAAAAGAAGUCGCUCUCACAAGGAAACGGCUGGUGGAUCAUUUUGUGAAUAAGUACCAAUACACUCCAGAAUGGGAAAAGCCACCCCAGACAUUCCUGCCCUGCCCUGUUCCUGUUGCAAAAGAAAACUGUGUGCUGACCACCAAAGAGAAGAGAGUAAACCCCACUGAGGAACGGGAGGCUGCUCUACUGACAAGCACAGUUGACGAAAGUGUUGCCCUAUGACUUGACUGCAUGUACUCGCUAGAAGCUCUGAAGUGAACAAUAAUGUACGGGGGGUGCAUUCCUAGGAUAUAUCUCUACUCCUGGUGCUAUAUUCUGAUUGUGCAUGUGUAUAAAUCCUGUUCUGCAUGAACCCAGUAAUGGAGAAGGGGAGAAAUUCUUUUUGACUUAAUGGAAGAAGCCCAUUGAACCAAAAUAAUAUAGGUGUGCAAGGGUCGAAGGAUGGAGCUUUUUUUUUUUAAAUAAAGAGUUUUGGAUAGAACAAUGA